AUGUUCCAUCAAAUCCAGAUACGCCCGGAAGAUAAAAACUCACAAAGAUUCCUGUGGCGAUCAGACCCUACACAAAAUCCUGAAGUCUACCUAAUGGACGUAGCGACCUUCGGAUCUACCUGCUCACCAGCUUCCGCGCAGUUCGUGAAAAACUUAAAUGCAGAGCAACACGCCUCGAAAUACCCAGACGCAGCUAAAUCAAUCAUCAAUCGAUACUAUGUCGAUGAUUACUUCGAGAGUUUCGAUGACGAAAGCGAGGCCAAAAGAAUCGCAGUAGAUGUUAGAACUAUACAGAAACAAGCCGGCUUCACCCUUCACAACUGGAGGUCUAAUAGUAUUGAAGUACUUAAUCACCUUGAAGUUCUGCCAAAUCCAACCGCGAAGGAACUUAAACUGGUGGACGGAGAAAAGUUGGAGCGUGUCCUAGGAAUGCUCUGGAACCCAGUCACCGACGAGCUAGGAUUCUCUACCCUGAUGAGAAGUGAUGUACAAGAUCUGCUGCGGUCUGAGAGCAGGCCUACCAAACGACAGAUAUUACGAUGCGUCAUGUCUCUCUUCGAUCCCCUUGGCAUUCUUGCGCCAUUUAUUAUUCAUGGAAAAGUGUUGAUUCAAGACCUAUGGCGUUCUGGAAUCAGUUGGGAUGACCAGGUUGGAGACCCAAUAUUUACACGCUGGAACGAGUGGGCGAAAAUGAUAGAAUUUAUUCAAACCAUUCGAGUGCCUCGUAGUUACUUUGUCAAUGCUACGAAGCUCACCUAUAAAAAUACGGAACUACAUGUUUUUGUAGACGCAUCCGAAGUCGCGUACUCCUGCGUGGCUUAUUUCCGAGUGGUUCAAGAUGAGGGAUCGAUGGACCUUGCAUUAAUUUCGGGAAAAUCGAAGGUAGCCCCUUUAAAACCCCUGUCCAUACCAAGACUCGAGCUUCAGAGCUGUCUCUUAGGAGCUCAGCUACUUAGUCUAAUAAAAAAGGAACACGAGAUUGAUAUUUCCCGUACAAUUCUCUGGACCGAUUCAAGAACUGCACUUUCCUGGAUACAUUCCGAUCCCCGAAACUACCGCCCUUUCGUAGCUCAUCGAGUUAGUGAGAUUUUAGAAUUUACAACACCAGCCAACUGGCGAUGGGUGCCUUCGAAAGCGAAUCCGGCAGACGAAGCAACCAAAUGGGGAUGUGGACCCUACUUUACGAAUAAUUCAAAUUGGUUCAGUGGACCUAACUUUCUCCGGCAGCCGGAAUCUCAUUGGCCAAGUAUAGCAGGGAAAGUAACAAGUACUGAAGAAGAAUUACGAAAUUCGGUUUUACUGCACAUAACGACGUAUGAACCUUUAAUUUCCUAUGAAAGAUUCUCCCGUUGGGAACGCCUUCAUCGAUCAAUGGCCUACGUUUUACGUUUCGCUCAUCACCGCAGGAGCUCUACUAAAUUGUCGGAUCCUUUGGAACAAACGGAUUUACUAGCCGCAUCACAUCAGAUAUUUAAACAAGUCCAACUCGAAGUGUACCCUCAAGAAGUAGCAACCUUGAAAGAAAACAGUGAAGGAACGUUCGAAUCAAGUAGCCUCUUCGGAAGUAUGUACCGUUCCUCGAUGAAGAAGGUCUACUCAGAGAAAACAGUCGAAUCCGGAAUUCCGAGACAGUAG